UAAUUUCAUUUUUUCCAUUUUUAGGAAAUAGCAGCUGCCGCCACGGGGAGGAGGCCCAUUCAGACACCGAAAGCUUCGGUGUCUCCGCCUCCCCUUCUCUCUCUCUCUCUCUUUCUCCCCGGUUUCUUUAUAUAUAAUUCUCGUUCCUCUCUUUCUCAUUUUUUAAUCUCUGCAACUCAAAGCAUUUGCAGGCUUGGGAUUCUUCUCUCUCUCUUUAUCUUUCCAUUCAUGUUGGAGAAACAAUGUCCUACAUUUCGAUUUUGGCCGCGUCGUUUCACGGCCAGAGGGCCGCGUUUAAUUCAGCAGACGCCCAGUUAAAGUUUCCUUCUCUGGCUUCCAUCCAUCGUAGACCCACAAUCAGGAUUGCCAGACCCUUCUUCCAGAAUGACACAUUUAGCAUCUCCCGGAUGGCUGUUGGUAGGUCGAGUAGAGUCGGUAGAGAGGGGAGCGUACGCAUGGCGUUGGUAAAUGAGAGGCUUGGACAUGGCCGAAAUGUGUCUGAGCCGUCUUCCGUUUUGGCAUACGAACUAGUUCAAGGAAAACUUGUAAAGUGGAGUUCAAUGGUGGUAUUGGACAGGUCAAUACCAGAGCCACCAACAGCUGUUCUCUUGCAUGGCAUUCUUGGUAGCAGAAAGAACUGGGGAACUUUUGCUCGGCGACUGGCACAAGAAUUUCCAACAUGGCAGUUUGUUUUAGUAGAUUUGCGGUGCCAUGGUGAUUCUGCAUCAUUCAAGAAGAGAGGUCCACACACUGUUGCUUCAACUGCUUUAGAUGUGCUAAAACUAAUUGCACAGCUUAGAAUAACACCCCGUGUUCUAAUUGGCCACAGCUUUGGAGGAAAAGUUGUCUUGAGCAUGGUGGAACAAGUUGCAAAGCCACUUCCACGACCAGUUAGGGUAUGGGUUCUAGAUGCCACUCCUGGAAAAGUUCGAGCUGGUGGAGAUGGCGAUGACCACCCAGCAGAGUUAAUAUCUUUCUUAAGGAAACUGCCUAUGGAGGUCUCUUCGAAGCGGGCUAUUGUGAAUGCUCUAGUUCAAGAAGGGUUUUCUAAGGAUGUCGCACAGUGGGUUGUAACUAAUCUUCGACCAACUGCUGCUGCUGGUACACCAUCAUCAAGCUUGUCAUGGGUGUUUGACCUUGAAGGGAUCUCUGAAAUGUACCAGUCCUAUGAAGAAACAAAUUUAUGGGAAGUGGUGGAAAAUCUACCUCGUGGUGUGCAUGUUAAUUUUUUGAAAGCAGAAAGGAGUUUGCAUCGUUGGGCCCUUGAAGAUCUUCAGCGAAUCCAUGCUGCUGAAGAGUCUGCUGCUGAUGAGGGAGGUGGAGUUGAAAUGCACGUCCUUGAAGAUGCUGGGCACUGGGUACAUGCUGACAACCCUGAUGGACUCUUCAGGAUUCUUUCAUUUUCCUUCAAGGGAGUUAAAGCCUAAAGGAUACAAAAAUUGGCGCCCCGUCGGGACUCUCUGCCAUGGGGUCUUGCCUAUUAUUUUACCUAUCGGCCGCAACAAAAUUACCAGGAGCUGCUAAGAGGUUGAAGCAAGAUCGAUGCACUUGCCCACACGAGAGCCUAACAAAACUUGGUAGGGAGGGUUUCAUUCAGUAGAGCGUGGCUCUGAAGAAUUUGACCAUUUCAUCUGCAUGAAGCUUCUCUUCCUCCAUGGGCCCAUGUGGAGGUUCUUCUCCUCCAUUGACCUUUUGGCUGCAUCGCACAUGACACCAACCAUGGCGUUCAGGUAAUCAGCUUUGCCUGCAUAACACUUGGGUAAUUGCUCUACAAGCUUGCUGUACUCAUCGCAUGCUUUCGCAAUCUCGAAUUGGUCUCGGAACUCCAAUUCGAUCACAAACGGGACUUGCUUCUUCUUCCCCUGUGUGCUUGCAAUCACCUCAAUGUAUUCAUGUGUCCCUGAAAGUCAUUAGGUAAAUGCAUAACAUAAUUAGAUCCAUAUUUUAUCAAAAUUUAUAACUUACAUUAAUGGAAUAUUUCAAUUUCAUCAUUUUUUUCAUCAUCAAUGAAAUUGAAAAUAUAUCAUGAUCGUAAAAGUCUGUCGUAAAUUUCA